AUGAUAAAAGAUAUGGUAGACGAUGAGGCGACCCAGGCCACUAAUGAUGACGCCAGUGAGUGCAAAAGACACGCGGUUAAUCUUGGAUACUGGACGGAUCCUUUUAUUAAUUUUUUUGUCCGGCAAACUAUUCGAAAACCUCCAGAGAUUAAUCGAGGAUAUUAUGCACGAGUCAAAGGGAUGGAAUAUUUUAUUGAAAGAUUUUUAAAGCUAUCCGAUGGUAAAGGACAAAUAAUAAACUUAGGUGCUGGGUUUGAUACACUUUACUGGCGAUUAAAAGAUGCAAGAAAGAGUCCACAAAAUUUUGUCGAGCUUGAUUUUCCAAGUGUCACUGCUAAAAAAGCUUAUCAUAUUAAAAAACAUAAACAAUUAAUAGACAGGCUUAAUACUGAAGAUGGUGAGAUAAAAUUUUCAACAACGGAUCUACAUGCUGCAGAUUACCAUCUAAUUGGAACAGAUCUUCGACACAUAUCAGAGUUAUCAAACAAAUUAACGCAAGCUGAAGUCGACUUUAAUAGCCCGACAUUAUUUCUAUCAGAAUGUGUUCUCGUUUAUAUAGAUAGUAAUGCAACAUCUUUUCUUAUUAAGUGGCUAGCUCAAAAGUUUCCCAAUAGUCUAUUUGUUAAUUACGAACAAGUUAACAUGCGUGAUAAAUUUGGACAAGUUAUGCUCUCCAAUUUACGUUGCCGUGGUUGUUUAUUAGCCGGCGUUGAAGACUGCGAAUCACUUGAAACUCAGCAAAGACGUUUUACAAUAAACGGCUGGGAAGGUUCAAGUUCAUGGACAAUGGUUGAAAUAUAUGACUCGUUGCCAGAGUCUGAGAGAAAGAGAAUCGAGCGGAUUGAAAUGUUGGACGAGAGAGAAUUGUUGACACAAUUAUUACAACACUACUGCAUCGCCAUUGCUUGGAACGGCCCGAUGUUCAAAAACAUCUCAAUAGCCCACGGUUAA